GCACUAGCUAUUUUUGGUCGCUCGUUCUCCGUUGCACGAAGAGCCUCUCUCUCUCUCUCUCUCUCUCUCUCUCUCUCUCGUGCGAUUUGUACCGAAGAAGCUCCACUCCACUAUAAACCCUACGCUCCUCCGCUUCGCUUCUCUCUCGAUCUUCGUAGGGAUGUUGCAUGGUUGGAGAACUCUGAUAAUCUAUUGGCGAAAUGCUCCGUUUUGUUGUAAUUUAUUAGCGGCAUUUUUGGCUACCAUGUAUUUAUGCCUACCAAUCACGAUAGCUGUUGUCGUUCCGAAUUCCAAUUGUUAUGCCCUCGAUAAUAACAGCCGACUUGUUGAUUUUACAGACUGGAUAGGCCAGCCCUUUGAAUAUGAUGGAAAGGAUUCUGAUCUGGUUGUCCGAUUCUGCAAAGAUGUAGAGCGCCGAUCACAAGCGGGUUAUGUUGAUUUUGGCCGUUUUACUACUUCAAGCCAGUUUAUUGCUGGUUCGAAGACUCUAGACUUCAUUCAGAGAUUCUACUAUGGAGACUUAACUAAUUGUGAACAAAGCUUUGACAAAUUGGGCCGUACAGCUCAGGUGAAUAUUAUAUGUGGAAAUUGCUUAAAUGGAGCAUGUAAAGGUGACCUUGGUUGCAUAUGCAGUGUCACUUAUGAUAAAACAAUGUGCAGGGUUGUUGUUGAACUUGCAAUCCCAUGUGCUAAGCGUGGAUCCCGAGUGUUUAAGGGUUUCACCAUGGGUUUUAAUCCCCGAUCAUGGGAAGUUGUUUACAAUGGGAUGACUCAGCUGGGAUUUGAAAAAUCUCAGCAUGAAUUUAGUUUUGGGACCGAGCAGACCCAUGUUUCUCUUUAUCUCACUGCUGUAUCUGCUUUCUCAGGCCUUGUGGGAAAACCAGUUUUCAAGGUUACGCCAGAAAGAGGGUUGGAGGUAAAGAUUUCAGGGUCAGGAGCAAGUGGUAGCCCUCCUACAACUUUAUCUCCCACAAUACUACAUGUGAACUGGAGAUGUGAAACUGCUCGUGAUGAACCAUAUGGAGUUGACUUCUUGAUUCCUGUUGAGGGUUAUGAUCCAAUUGAGUUCACUCUCACCAAGAUAUGUGGUUAUGGCCAAGGUACAGAAGGUGAUGCUGCAAGGGGAUGGGCCAUAUUUGGAAUACUUUCUUGCAUCUUCAUUGUCCUAUCAACUAUAUUUUGCUGUGGAGGGUUCAUCUACAAAACACGUGUCCAGCAUCUGUAUGGUCUUGAUGCAUUGCCUGGAAUGACCCUUCUCUCCGCCUGUUUGCAAGCUGUGAAUGGACCAAGGGGUUAUAUACCAGCAGACACUACUAAUGGCAAUUUUGUAAAUCAAGCAUCUUGGGAGCGUCCUGCUGAUCCAGCACAAGCAACACAAAGAGCAAAUGAGAGGAGAUAUGGGUCAAUGUGAACAAAUAGAUUAUUAAAUUUUCAGGUUUUAAACAACUUCAUGCUCGACUAUCAAAUGCUGGUGAUUGCAUUCUUAUUUACUGCUCUAGAAAAGAGAACACUAAAUUCCAAGAGAAAGGAAUUGGUAUUAGUUCUAACUACUACUAAUGCAAAGGAAGCAGGUGGGAUAAAUGGAGAGAGUGGAGAUGUAGUGGAGUUGGGACUAAAUCCUUCUUAUAAUCCUUAAUUGGAACACUUGAAUGGAGUAGUUAGGUACUCUUCGAAAAGAAACUGCUUAAUACUUGUGAUCUCUUAACCUAGCAGGAUUAGGAAGAAAUUUUUCCUUUUUUCUCUUUUGAAAUAUUAUUCUCGAAGUAAAACUAGGAACGAAGGGUUCAUCUGAUAUUACUUUGUAAUCUGAGGAACAUAUUAUUGUUGAUUCAGGUAUGUUUAUUCUAAUCUAUUCUGCUUCUUGUAGUAUGAACUAUGAACUUCGAGUGGGAUUCAUGUUCUGGAUCUAUGCGAAGAAUCUGCUAAUUUAUACUUAAAGGGUGAUUUUUUUUUUU